AUGGCUGAGAAAAUUCUAAAGAAAAAGUGGAAGGGAACCAAAGUGAAGAGGGGAUCGGGGCUGGUUGGCUACGAGAGAAGAAAGGCGAUUAAAGCAGAUAGAAAGAGACAGGCUGAGGAAGAUAGGGAGAUUCUGGAUGAAAUGAAGAGAAAUAAGAGGGAGUAUCAUGAGAAGAAAAAGAGUGGGAAAAAGAAGUAG